GGACGGUUCCGGAGUCCGGACCCAGGUCGCUCGAAAAUCUCCGAGUCGAGCCCAAUCCCCAAAAUCCCAAUUGAAGCCGCCCGCCUCUCGCCCCCAAACCCUCGCCCAGUUCAAGGACCUCGCCGCCGCCGCCGCCGCCGCCGGCCGCCGUCUCCACCCGACCGCCGCCAUGGCUCGCAACGAGGAGAAGGCGCAGUCAAUGCUGAACCGCUUCAUUACGAUGAAGCAGGAGGAGAAGCGCAAGCCUCGGGAGCGCCGGCCCUACCUCGCCUCCGAGUGCCGCGACCUCGCCGACGCCGAGCGCUGGCGCUCUGAGAUCCUCCGCGAGAUCGGCGCCAAGGUCGCCGAGAUCCAGAACGAGGGUCUCGGCGAGCACCGCCUCCGCGACCUCAACGACGAGAUCAACAAGCUCCUCCGCGAGCGCGGCCACUGGGAGCGCCGCAUCGUCGAGCUCGGCGGCCGCGACUACUCCCGCAGCUCCAACGCGCCGCUUAUGACAGACCUCGACGGCAACAUAGUCGCCGUCCCCAACCCUUCGGGCCGCGGACCGGGGUACCGCUACUUUGGCGCGGCCAGGAAGCUCCCUGGCGUGCGGGAGCUCUUCGACAAGCCGCCCGAGAUGCGGAAGCGCCGAACCCGCUACGAGAUCCACAAGCGCAUCAACGCUGGGUACUAUGGAUACUACGACGACGAGGACGGCGUGCUAGAGCGCCUUGAGGCCCCCGCUGAGAAGCGCAUGCGGGAGGAGAUCGUUUCAGAGUGGCACCGUGUGGAGCGGGUGCGGCGGGAGGCCAUGAAGGGGGUGGUGAGCGGUGAGGUGGCUGCGGCUGGAGGGCGCAGCGGGGAGGCUGCUAGAGAGGUGCUGUUUGAGGGGGUGGAGGAGGAGGUCGAAGAGGAGAGGAAGCGUGAGGAAGAGAAGAGGGAGAGGGAGAAAGGGGAGGAGGCCGAAUUUGUUGCACAUGUGCCGCUACCUGAUGAAAAGGAAAUUGAGCGCAUGGUCUUAGAGAGGAAGAAGAAGGAGCUGCUUAGCAAGUAUGCCAGCGAUUCCCUGCUGGUUGAGCAGGAGGAGGCCAAGGAGAUGCUCAAUGUCCGACGCUAGAAGACGGUUUGUUCUUAAUUUCCACGUCUCCAAAGUUUUUAACUGAUGCUGGCCAGUUGAUGCAUUGAUGCUUUCGUUGUGAAGAUGAGCACCAAGUACAGGAAGGAACAUCUUUUGAAGUGCUGGCAUCAGGGGAACUGAAGACAUUGUUAAUGUAAAAGGAAACAGGUUUGCCUGAAAUCGUGUUUCUGUGUUUAAUCAACAUUGGCGAGUGAUACCGGCACCUGUUGAGUGUUGACAAAUUGACGAAGGCUAAACUUGUGGUAUCGGUGUGCCAAUGUGCACUGUAACUCGUAUCAUGAACACCAUUGGCUGCAGUGCACUGAUUAUUGGUCCCUUAUAAUUUCAGUGAUAUAGUGAAUCUGAUCUAUCAUCUCGUUUGAUGAUUUUGCCC